AAGUGUGAAAAGGGGAGAAAUAAACGCUGACCAUAACAAACUGCGCAACAACAACACUGAUUAGGAAAAAACGACAAAUUUGCAAAGCCAUGACUUUUUUUAAACAAUAACAGCCACUCGUGACGUUGCUUUUCAAAGGGGAAGUGCGACCCCCGAAGUCCGCAUACAUAUACACACAUACAGCAUGCAGACAGAGUUUAAAGGUCAAAUCACAGCUGAUUGAAACUGCGCAGACCACAAGGGCUCCACAUAAAUGCAUUACAAAAAAAAGCUUGGCUGAUUCAUUUCUUUAUGCACAGGAGGCCAUUAUCUUCCGUCAAUUGAGUGGCGCGAUCCGAUAACCUCCAAGCUACAUAUAUACCCCGUAGAAUAGUCAGUUGUCACUCCUGCCUUGUUUACAACGCAACGCACAAUGAGGCUCAAAUCGGGAAUUCUUUUGGUGCUCCUGCUGACCACUUUUUUGGACCUGGGCGAGUGCUUUUGGCCAUUUAGCAAAUGGAACGAAUCAAAUGAUCCUCCUCCUCCGCCUCCUGAACCCAAGAGAUCUCCAGUGAUUUUCGUACCUGGCGACGGAGGCUCCCAAAUGGAUGCUCGCCUGAAUAAGCCCAACUCUCCUUACUUAAUUUGCCAGAAGACCCACGAUUGGUACAAUCUGUGGCUAGACCUAGAGCAGUUGGUCAUCCCCAUGGUUUACUGUUGGAUAGACAAUGUCAAGCUGUACUACGACAAGGCAACAAGGACCACACACAAUACUCCUGGUGUGGAGACGAGAAUACCCGGCUGGGGCGAUCCCGAAGUGGUCGAGUGGAUCGAUCCCACUAAGAACAGCGCCGGAGCCUACUUUAAAGAUAUAGCCAAUGUGCUUGUGGACCUGGGAUAUAUUCGCAAACAAAAUAUACACGGAGCACCCUAUGACUUCCGAAAAGCGCCAAAUGAGAACCAACAAUUUUUCAUUGAUCUUAAGCAGCUGGUGGAGGACACCUAUGAGGCCAACAAUCAGUCUGCUGUGACCUUUAUCUCGCACAGCAUGGGCAGUCUCAUGACCCUGGUGUUCUUGCAGGAACAACCCGUCCAAUGGAAGGCUAAAUAUGUGAAGCGAAUGAUCAGCCUGGCGGGAGUAUGGGCGGGAAGCUUUAAGGCUGUAAAGGUGUUUGCCAUGGGCGAUGACCUGGAUUCGUUCGCCCUGAGUGCCAAGAUCCUCAAGGCGGAACAAAUAACACACCCAUCCACUGCUUGGUUGCUGCCAUCACCACUGUUUUGGAAGCCAUCCGAGGUUCUGGCAACGACCCCAAGCCGGAACUAUACAAUGGCACAGCUCAAAGAAUUCUUCUACGACCUUGACUACAUGACGGGCUGGGAAAUGCGCAAGGAUACGAUUCGGUACAACCGAAACUUUAAUCCACCGAAUGUGGAACUGCACUGUCUUUAUGGCGAUGGCAUUGACACGGUUGAGAGACUGCAGUACAAGAAAUCGGACAUUAAUGGGGAAACGCCCAAGUUGAUAAUGGGUCUCGGCGACGGCACUGUUAACCAGCGCUCUCUGAGAGCCUGCCAGUAUUGGUCGGGCUACUCCAGCGCCCCUAUAAACACAUUGGCCCUUCAGAACGUGGACCACAUGCACAUCCUGUCCAAUCCGGACGUCCUCAAAUAUAUUCGCACUGUCAUGAAGCAGCCGUAAUGUCAAUUGUAGCCUUUAAAUAUUUUAAGAGCUUUGCGAUUUUCAGACCCGUUGAGAAUGUCUGUAAAAUCGAAAGCUAAAGACAAUGCCAAUUUUAUUGUUAAAUAAAUGUAACUCGUUAAGUAGCACAAAUCUAAAGAACAAAAUGUUCGUUUUGCAUUUUCUUUAAUUUCUCUUUAUUAUUAUCUUAUUGAUUUAUGCUUAUUAGAUGAGAUAUCGAAUCACGUGUGUCAAUGUCAAUGCUUUUAUUACUCAAUAGUGUUUCAUUUUCCAUUCCUCUGGGUUUUAUUAGUUUUUAAUGUUUUCCAUUUUCCUUUUUCCAUUUAAUAAAUUGUUUAUAUGUAUUUUACAAAGCGUUUACUUAGAUGUAUUCCAUUUUAGUUAUACCGAAUAAUUUGUUAAUUAUUGCACUAAUAUUUAAUUUCAUUCACUUCUCCCGCCUCCAUUUUGCUAAUUUAUUGUAGUUGACAUUGUUCAUUACUUGCUCUUGGUAUAAUUUUCCAUUUAAAGUAUGCUCUCGCUUAUGUACUUCGAUAUCUGGAUAGAUAUAGAAAAAGAGUUUCAGUUGCAAUUAGGAUAAAACUAAGGGCUCGAAUGAUUUCAGUGUAUCGCUUUUGGUUUUUGAUAAAAUCAAGAAAUAUAUAUUUACAAAUUUUAGUUGUUUGCUCAUACAAAAAUCGCUGUCGCAGGCUAAGUUCGUGGACAUUUCCGCUAGAGAUUUUUGCUGGCUGCCGGUCGUGCAAUCGGUUUUUCGCCUUUUUGGGCUUACAAAGCAUAAUAGUUAAUUCGUAAUUUUUAAUUCGUUUUUGAGAGCGAUUUGUGCGGGUGUGGUUUAUUUACUCGUUUGCUAAAUAUAUACAUAAAUGUUUAUAUAUUUAGUAUAUAUUUGAUUUUAUGUUGCUGCACGUGGGUGUGUGUGUCUGUGUGGUGUGGUGUGAGAGAGAGUGUGUAUGUGUGGGUGUGUUAAGAACUAGACUUGAAAACGAUUUUUUCUGCUUUAGUCAGUAUUUGAUUUUUGUUCUCCACUUCUCAGCAUUUUCGGUCUGUUUUUCCUCUUUCCUCUUGCUAAACAAAAUUUGUGCUGUCGUUCCAUAGUUGCAGUUAGGGCUUUACACAUAUUAUGUACGGAUAUUAUAUAUAUAACUAUAAUAUGACCUUUAUUCAUGACCCAAAUAAAAGUGAUUCUCAAAGUGAUCGCCACGUCCGCGCGCUCUGUUUCAAAGAGUUUUUACGUUUAGUAUAAAAAACCAUUUUAUCGAAAGUAUAAAAAUCGUAUUUAGCCCUAGUGUCUCUUCUAUAUCUGUCUUUAUUACUGGUUUCAUUACAAUUCUCGUCAUCUUGGCUUAAAUCUUGGUUUUGUUCGUUUCGUUUUGUUUCGUUUUUGGUUUCUUAGCAAAAGCGGGUGUAUCUUCUUCAAGCAGGUAUUCGAAUGUUACUUGGCAGGAUUAUUAUUUUCCAUAGUAUAUAUAUAUUUUUGUUAAAUAGUUUAUAAAAGCUUAGUAUGUCGAGUGUGUGUGUGUAUGUGUAGUGUUUGUCUACUUGUCUUAAGUGGAUUUCGGGUGUUCCAGGUCUGUUUGUUUACAGCUAAAAUACUCUGUUAUUGUAUUAUCUGAUGCAAUAUAUAGAACUCACAUUAGGCGACAUUGACGACUUAGCGGACUAGUUAAUUAAUUACUGGCUCAAUAGGUAUCUACAAUGGAAUCCGUACGUUACCAAUGGGAAUGAUAUCAAAAAUGAGUAUUGUAAAUACAUAUCUUGUAGUAGGUUCACUUGGUUUCCUUUCCUUUCCGGUAAUUAAAUUAAUUAAAGCUUUUUCGUGUGUGAUUACUCGUGUCGGUAAUAUUAUUCAUAUAUCCGCAUCAGCAUAUCUUCCCUUCAUGGCUAACGCAUAAUUGUCUGAAUCGAAAACAAUCAACAAACCAAGAGAUUGUAAAUGAAGUCCUAUUUACACUUGAAUAUUUUAUAUUUACUGGCUUAGUUACACUUAGUAUUCAUUUCGAUCUGAUCGGAUCGUUUUGAAUUCGUAUCUCAUCUGGGGUUCGGUUCGUUCAACUAGGCUCCUACAAUGCGUUCUCUAUUCAGAUUUAUCAAUGUCUCGUUAAUACAAUUAUACAAUUGAAUUGCCAUGAAUAUUCAGUAUUGCUAAUAACAGUUCCCUCUGCACCGUAUCGGAUCAGAUCAGAUCGGAUCUACAUAGAUGUGUAGAUCUGAUCUACAUGAUCCCGGUUCCGGAGCGAGACCUGAUUGGUGCUUCGGCUGGCCGAGACUACAAUUAUUGCAUAACAACUGGCCAAAUGCUAAUCCUCCCUAGAAUUCAGCUAGUUCCCUUCGGUUUUUGCCCACUGGCAUUUGCGCUACUCAUUUUAAUAAGAUUUAAUAUCUACGACUAGGUUAAGGUUAUAAUUCUUUCCACUGUGGCUCUAAUUUAUCCAAAUCAUCAUCACAUAUCAAAAAGUUUACAAAAAUUUCACUUUAACUACGGUUUUUCUCGACCUUCCUUCCCAUAUUCCUUCCUCAUCGAUUUCAUUUCCAUUUUUUGUUUUUGCUCUAGCAAUUACUUAAAUGUUUAUUACAUUUCUAGCGCUUCGAAUAAAACAAACAAUACAACAAUACGUAGAUACUCUAACGUUAUUUGACCCAUUACUCCCACUUUCUCUUUUGAUAACAACUUAUUUGUUAUGUCGUUCGCAAUGAUUAACAUAAUCAACGUGUUGAUAUAUAUUUUUAAUAAAUUAGUUCGCUUCGCUCGUGAUUUACAGGGAUUAUCGACUAACAUUGGUUACCAUUCUUGAAUUACUUUCGUAUUGUUUUUUUUUUUAGUGUAAGAGUGGGCAGGUUAAAGGCAUUUGUUUGGUUUUCAUUUUAUGUAUCGUGGUGUUUCCCCUCGGAAUGCAGGUUUUUCUGGUUUCUUAGUUAUGCAGAUUUGCAAUUGGAAGAACUCAGCCGAAGAUCCUGAAACCAGAGUGAGUCUCAGUUCCUAGGAUCGAUUGAGCAGCAGCGGGAAAUUGGUGAAAUAAACUCAGUACUAGAGGUGUUCCAAUGCGCAUAUAUGUAUAUUUAUUUUCCGAAAAACCGAAGCGUGAUCACGAGGCUUAUUCAAGGUAGUGAUAUAUUUGAUGUAUUUACUUGCAUAUGCUAUCAACAGAAUUGACGAAUCCAAACUGAUUAUGAACUAAUAUUGCUCUUGGUUGGCUAAAAUUGUGGUUCAAUUGUGUCCGAUUUGCUUUGCUUGCAUAGCCAGUAUCUCUUGUGCUCAAAACAACAAUUCCUUAAAAGCUUCUCGUCCGCAGAAAUAAGCGAGAUAAA